CUAGUGGAUACAAUACCAUACAGACGAGAACUUUUCUGUCACAGGAUAUUCCUCUCAGUCUCUUUCUGGGGAAAAAAAAACCCCCAUCUACAGCAAAUUGGUAGACAGAAACUUUGAAGUCCCUGGUGAAAAAUGCCGGAGGAGGAAAAACGGGAGAAACUAGCCCAAGUUAUCAGACAAUGGAACAAUAACAGACUGGACCUUUUUGAAAUAAGCCCACCGGAUGAGAACUUGGAGUUUCAUGGUGUGAUGCGUUUCUACUUUGAGGAUCAUCUUGGAGGAAACGUGGCCACAAAGUGCCUGCGUGUUUGCAGCAGCUCUGCAACUCACGAGGUCAUCGAAACACUUUCAGAGAAAUUCAGGCCUGAUAUGAAGAUGCUGACAACAAGUUAUUCCCUGUAUGAGAUCCAAGCAAGUAAAGAACGUAAACUGGAUCUGGAUGAAAAGCCUUUGGUUGUACAACUACACUGGACCACGGACAACAGAGAAGGACGUUUUGUGCUCAAGAAAGACAAGGAGAGUUCUGAGGAAAACGUUCACGAAAAGGAAAAGGGAGGUAUUAUCCAAAACUUCAAAAGGACACUGUCAAGAAAAGACAAAAACAAAGAGAAGAACAAAGCAAAAGCAACUGACAAGGUGUCAGAAGAUGAGAAUGGGUCAACUGAAACAUGGCUGAACAACAACAACAUUUGUGUGAACAACCAUGAGACAAAUAAGCUACAGAGGCAGACAGACCUGGGAGCAAAGCACACAAGAAGUUUUCAUCCAGAUCAACCUGGAUUGCCAGUAGGAAUCAAAUUCUGUGAUAACUCUGAGGAAGCCUUCCUGUCUGCAGUCAUAAAUUACACCAACAGUUCCACAGUUCAUUUCAAGCUCUCGCCUGCAUACGUCCUCUAUGCAGCAGGGCGUUUUGCUCUGCAGAGAUGUCACGGCAGAAGCUCUAACCCGUCACAAAGUGUAACCUCUGUCACAAGCAAAAUAGUGGCCAUGACAAGGAAAGUCAUCCAGAGGCAGCAGACCAUCGCUGGUGCUCUCGCCUUCUGGAUGUCCAACACCUCUGAGCUACUGAACUUCCUCAAGAAUGACAAAGACCUUACCUCACUUACCCAGCACAGUCAGGUGGAUCUUUCCCACCUGGUGCAUAAAGCUUACAGGUUCCUGCUACAGUGUCUGCAGAAUGAGUUAAGGAAGCAUUUACCAACUUUUUUAAUCGAUCCAGAACAACAUGGCAGACUGCCUGCUGGUAUAGAAAUGGUGCUGAACACCAUGAUGAACACCAUGUCUCUUUUACGUCGCUGUCGGGUCAACCCCGCCUUCACCAUCCAGCUCUUUUCCCAACUCUUCCACUUCAUCAGUGCCUGGCUCUUCAACCAGCUGAUGAACCAAGGGCACAACACUCCGAGCCUGCGCUCCCACUACUGGGGAGCUGCUCUUCGCCAGAGGCUCACAGCCAUUGAAGCCUGGGCGGAGAGGCAGGGCCUGGAACUGGCUGCUGACUGCCACCUUGGCCACAUAAUCCAGGCAACCAUGCUCCUGACUAUGAAUAAGUACACAAUGCAAGACAUGAAGGCCAUCCAGAGCACCUGCUUUAAGCUGAACUCACUUCAGUUGAAGACUUUGCUAGCUGGCUACCUCUAUGCAACCAAUGAGCCUCACAUCCCUCCUGAUUUGAUCGAUGCUGUAGUGACGGCCGCAGAGGCCUCGGCAGAUGAUAUGAUUCGGAGUGAAGGACGGGACAUCCAGCUGGAGGAGUGCCUCGACCUUCACUUGCCCUUCCUGCUGCCGGAGGGAGGAUACUCCUGUGACACCUUGAGAGGAAUCCCAGCAGGAUUAAGGGAAUUUUUGGAGCCAAUUUGCCGGAAAGGUCUCUGCUCUUUGAUGUCCCAGCCAACCUCUAAAGGUGAUUGGACUGUGUACUUCAUCGAACUACCCUCCUCUGAGGAGAGCACACACUUGGCAGCACACAGAGAGCCAGAGAUCGUAACUAUUACUCUGAACAAACCUCUGAACAGUGGCAUGGGGGUCAGCAUUGUUGCUGCCAAGGGAGCAGGGCUUGGUAACCUCGGCAUCUAUAUCAAGUCGAUUGUCAAAGGAGGACCGGCUGAAAUUAAUGGCAGGUUAACAGCUGGGGAUCAGCUGCUGAGUGUGGAUGGUCAGAGUCUGGUUGGCAUCAGCCAAGAGAGGGCAGCAGCUAUCAUGAUGCAAACUGGCCCUGUUGUGACCCUCAAAGUCGCAAAGUUUGGGGCGAGCUACCACGGCCUGGGGGCUCUGCUGAGUGAGACUAAAGGCGAUGAAACUUACGCUGUCCCAAACAGUAAAUCACAUGAGCUGUACUACGUCGGCGAUCCUGGACCCUCAGAAAUGCUGCAUGGAAGCAGCAAAAGAAAAAGGGAGCAGAUGAUGCAGAGAAACAGACAACUUUAUCGCUCCAACCCCAACAUGACCAACUUUGCCCCAGGAGAGGGAGAUGAAACUGUUGACCCUGUGGUAAGAGGGAACAACAUCACUGCUGUUUCCAGUAUCAACCUUUCUACUGAUACACAUCACAGGGAAUACUUGACACUGCCAAACCCUAAAUCCCAGGAGAAGAAUAUGUCCGAAUCUGGGCGACAGCAGCAAACAUUCAAAGUGUCUUUGAGGCCUUUAGAUGAACAGAGUUCAAGUAACAGGACCUUCAUGCGCCAAGCUCUGUCCCAGGAAAACCUGUGUAUGGACCGUGGAGGCCCCCUGCUGGACGAAAGGCAGAACUUGUUGGAUCAGAAGGAGCAACGUGCAAAGCAAACCACGAGCCACUAUUCAUCUUUCCCAAUCCGUUCAAGUGUUUCUACACAUGACAUCCUCUCAGUGAGUUCAUCUCCUACUAAACAACAGCAGGGGAGCCGCACAAGCAGCGCCGGUGUUUGGAGAACUCCCUUUUCCCAAAACCAAACACCUACACCUUCAAUCCAGCCGAUACGUAUUGACAUCCCGGUGACCAGAGCUGUGAACACACACACAAAUCCUCCACUGACCACCUUCCAGAGUUCUUCUUUAGUGGCACUGAAGAUGUGCCAAACUCUCAAAAUGAAUGGGAAGAGUCCUCAGAACCCAUCUAAUCCUAUUCAUGCAUGUCCCGUCCCUGCUAUCAAGAAGCUACCUCAGCUGUCACUUGUCCCGCAGCAGCAAAGAUCCACUACACACAGAGGUCCUGCAGCAAAACCACAAGUAAGCAUCCCUCCAACAAAACACGUCUCCUUCCAAGAACCUCCCACCCAGCAGAAGCAGAGUCACACCAGGCAGAAAGACCCCCAAGGGCUGUCUGACCCGUGGAGGAGGGAGGCCCAGGAGAAACUGGAGAAGCAUCAGAGGCUUCAGGCGGUGGAGCUCCUGCAGCGAGAGGUGCAGGAGCUCCAGGGAAAAGUAAAGCUCUCAGCGGAGGAGAACGACCGGCUCAGGAAGCUCAGCCUGGAGUGCCAGUUUCAGAAGAGGCUGCAGGAGAUUCAGCAGAGAGCAGAGGAGGAGGAGGAGGAGGAGGAAGACGACGAGGAUUUGGACAUGAUGGUGACGAUACAGCAGCUGGAUAUAAGGACACAGAACAGGAGAGGCUCUGCUGGGAACAUGAACACUGAACUUAAAGAGUUAAAAAAGCAGGCAGGAACUCAUCGGUCCCAAAAGGAAGACCAAGUGAAGAUUGAUCAGAUGUCAAGCGGACGGACUAAUGACGCGCACAACACUGCAUCGAAAGAGAACCAGGAGGAGAAAACCAGGAGGGCAUCAGCUCCAGAAAAGCUCACGUUCAAGGAGCGUCAGCGCCUGUUUUCCCUCGUGCCCAGUGUAUAA